GGUUGUCAAGUCAGAAUUAAAAAAGUAACUAAAAAGAGAAACGUCGAUUUAAACAGGAAUCAAACAGAGAAAAUAAUACAUUAUUUUUGACAGUUAAUUCGUCACCUCACGUUCCGUACCUCUCGGAACUCCAAAUUCCUGUUAUUUUGUCUUGGCUCAACGCAGGUAUGCUGUAAAGUGUAAACAAAUGAACGAUCUGAUUCAUGAACAUUUACAUUUCAUUUAUUAUCAGUCAUCCAUUAUUAUCAGAAGUUUUAUUUCAAUUCGAACAAUUGUUUCACUAAGAAGUUCAGUCAAAUUGUCGUGCCUUGAUUCAUGUUUUGAAACCUGUUUUAGUGUGUUAAUUAGAUAAAUCGUCGAGUGCAAUAUGACUGGGAGAUUAGCAGGACAGACCAUCAACGACAGGCUCCUGGCCGCAAAACACAGCUUGGCUGGGCAAGGUUUGGCCAAAUCUGUCUGCAAAGCGACCACAGAGGAAAUGAUCGGCCCCAAAAAGAAACACUUAGAUUAUUUAGUCCAUUGUACAAAUGAGCCGAACGUUUCUAUCCCCCAGUUAGCAAAUUUGUUAAUAGAAAGAUCACAAAAUGCCAAUUGGGUUGUGGUAUACAAAGCGCUUGUGACGGUUCAUCACAUGAUGUGUUAUGGAAACGAGAGGUUUACACAAUAUUUAGCAUCUAGUAAUAGUACGUUUCAAUUAAGCAAUUUCCUUGAUAAAGGUGGAGUUCAAGGUUAUGACAUGUCGCCAUUUAUAAGAAGGUAUUCUCGGUAUCUAAACGAAAAAGCUUUAUCAUAUCGAACCGUCGCUUUCGAUUUUUGCAAAAUAAAAAGAGGGAAAGACGAUGGUAUGUUGAGAACAAUGAACGCCGAUAAAUUACUGAAAACCGUUCCGACUUUGCAAAAUCAACUUGAUGCGCUAUUAGAAUUCGAUUGUUCCGCCAACGAUUUGACCAAUGGCGUUAUCAACAUGUCCUUUAUGUUACUGUUCAGAGAUUUAAUCCGCCUGUUCGCUUGUUACAAUGAUGGGAUUAUUAAUUUGUUAGAAAAAUUCUUCGACAUGAACAAGAAACAAUGCAAAGAAGCCUUGGAUAUAUACAAGAAAUUUCUGAUAAGAAUGGAUAGAGUUUCGGAAUUUUUGAAAGUCGCCGAAAACGUGGGUAUCGAUAAAGGUGAUAUUCCAGACUUAACGAAAGCUCCUAGCAGUCUACUGGACGCUUUAGAACAACACCUGAACUAUUUAGACGGGAAAAAAUCGACCUCUUCCAACCAAUCGAGCAAUGCGAGUAAUCAAAAGAACGUUAAAUCCGGCGUAUCGGCCUUAUCUUCCACCAGCAACGCAUUCGGAAAUGUCGUAGCAAACGCUCGUUUCGAUUCAGGUAACGGCAUCGAUGAACAGCUGAAACUUCAAGUCCUCGCCGAAGAAGAAGCUGCAAUGAAUCAAUUCAAGUCUAAAGUUCAAUCUCCUCCGAUUAACAAUCCGUUUUUGAGCAACUCCUCGUCGUCUGGGACCGUUUCCUCGCAAUCGCUGAGCUCUCCUACUUUCGAUUUGUUCGCUGACGCUCCGGCGCACGCUCACGUGAAGGCUUCGGACGAUUUGUUGCAGUUGUCGAAUCCUUUCGCUGACGCUUUCGCGCCACAGCAAGCCUCCAACGCGAACGCCAACGCUUUCGCCAAUCAACAGAACGUUUGGAUGGCUAACAGAAAUGGUUUUCCUGUUCUAAGUCCCGGAAAUAAUUCCGUAUCGUCGGGAGGAUCGUCGUUUGUUAACGAUAAUAAUUUCGCAGCGGUGUUUGGGAAUGCCGACACGAAAUCAAACAAUUUUGAUCCGCUUGGUGGAGUUCUCCAGCCAGCCAACUUCAACGGCGAGAGACCUUCUCUAAACAUUCUUAAUAAUAACGAGCACAACAAUCAGCAAACUACCUCUAAUGGUUUAUUGACUGGUGAUUUGGAAUCGAGUUUGGCUUCGCUGGCUGAAAAUUUGUCGAUUAACAGGGGUACUGUUACGAAGAGCAUACAAUGGAAUUCUCCUAAAAAUGGUUCUAAAACGGCCAAUAACUGGUCCCCUCAGCCCAUUUCCGAUACAACUGUUGCCGGAUACAAACCAAUGAAUCAGUCGAUGCCUCCUUCACCAUUCAGCAGUUUGACGUUCACUUCUGCACAACAGCCUCAAAUGUAUCCACAAAUGAUGGGUAUGCGCCCGUUAACGACACCGCCGAUUUUGUCUACACUUCCCGCUAUGAAUCAAAUGAGUCCUCCGGUCAAUCAGAUGGGGCAACAGUCGUUGCUGUUUCACUGACUUUUUUUUCAAUAAUAAUUCGUGAACAUCAGAAAAAAAAGGAAAUUUAUUUUUGUAAUAGUUAAGUAUAAAAUAUAUCUGUACGGGCUGGUGUAGACGAGUAACCGGUACAAAAAGUUGCUUUUGAAUCGUUACUAAAUUAUUGAAAGAAUUUGAUGUGCCUUAUAUGCAGUUUUUAUUCUGAAGCAGUAUUUAUGUAAAUAGUUCGAGUAUAAUAUAUCGCAAUGAAGCUGGUUUGUACAGGUUUUUAUUUGUAAGUAUAGAGUAAAAAUUAAAAUUUAGUCCGUUAUAUUUUUGCUAAAUUUUAAUAUUUAUAUAAAAUUUACAUGUAUGUAUACAAAAAUUUGAAGUUCUUUCUACAUCAGCCUAUUUUAUUCUAAAAUGUUAUUGUAACAUUAGUUUUAUGUUGAACUGAAAAAUUAAAAGGUAAUAUUUAUUGCAUAUGGAAUCAUUUUGAGUUGGACAUAUGAAUUACCGGUAAUUUAAAAUGGUUAAAUAAAUUAACAAUUAUUAGGAUAGCAUCCUUGUAAAUAUUUAUUUUGGAUGUGCAAUUGAAUAACAUAAAUUGUUAUUGUUAAAACCAGGGUAAUAUAAAUCAAAAAUGUACAUCAAAGAAGUUAUUACGUUUUUGAUUAAAUUUUAUAUGGGUCCUUCAUACAAGUUUUACACAUUUUGUUAAUAAUUAAACAUAAAUUACACAGUAAUUUAGUUUAGUAUAAUGAGACAUGCUGUCAUUUUAAAUUAAUUGAAAUUUGAUCUACUACUUGCACUUCCAAUGAAUCAAACUUUUUAAAACGUAUUUAUAGAUAGUUUUGUUACCACGUUUUCUUGUUUGAUUUAGAUAAAAAUCAUUUUCAAAUUUGUCUCUACGAGAAAGUUAAUUUGUAGGAUACCUUACAAAAGAAUGAAAUUAUUUUGUACACCUACUAUUUUUUAUAUUAAUAUUUUCUUGCUAUCUCUACAUAUAAUUUGAAUGAUUCGAAUGUAGAAAACGAGGUAAUAAAUAAUAUCUAAUUACUAAUUUAAGACGUCGAACUGAUGCCUACAUAUCACAUGUAUUAAGAGAAAAAUCUAUAUUUUGUAACCUAAUUUAUUGAGAUUAAAUGAAUAAAUCUAACGUUUCAAGCAUUGGGUUUUGCGGCGUUUUAUGCCAGAAAUCUAUUUUUUCUAUAAUAUGCACAUUAAAGUGUUCACAUUUAACGGUGGAAUGUCACGAAGAAAUGUCCAUUAGUUUAUUUUAUUACGAUUAAAUAUUUAUAAAUGCACCAUUACAAGUGCGGAAAGGAUUAUAAAAUCUAGUCAUAAUAAUGUAAAUUAUUUUGAAUGUCAUUUGUGCAUAUUUAAUCAGAUUAAAAAAUUACUAUUUAAUAUUUACUGUGCAUCUUAUCUUAAGCAAAUGUCUUAGAAUUUUUAAAUUAAUUAUCGUGUUAAUAACACUAUAAGUAAAUUUCAGCUGGAUCUAGUUUCUCGUCCAUUUUAACUCUAAAUACAUUAGAAACUAUUUUUUCAAAAUCGAAAUCAUUUAUAGUUGAAAUUGACGAUAAACUUUGAGGACAUAUAUUUUUUCAAGUGCGUCUAAUUGUAAAUAGCCCACCCUUGAAUUUUAAAAGACAUUCUAGAUGUAUUUCGAGUUUUUAAAUAACCUCUUGUCUCUAUCAUAAAAAUUUUACGCCAUUUAUUUACUUUAGUUAAAUAUUUACGAUACAUAAGAAUGUUAUUUAUUACACCGUUAAAGAAAAAAAUGUAUAAAAUUGUUUAGCAAUAUUCGAAAAUGAAAUAGGCAAUUAACUGUACCUUUAAUUUAUGUGAUUAAUAUUUAUUUUUUUGGUUAAUAACUCGUUCAUCACAUUUGCAAGGCGGGAUUGUAAACAUUUAACCUUUGCAAUUUACGUGUGAUAUCUAGUAGGGUAGACACAUCUACGAAUUUUAUGUUUUACAUAUGAAUUUAUUCUUUUACAUCCGAGUAUCCCAAUAGCAAUCGAGUGCUAGUAUUCAUAUUACGCCAUUUACAUCAUAUACAGGGAGUCCCAAAGAAAAGUAACCCGUUUAAUCGACCUGUAAUUUUUAAACACCUAAUUAUAAGAACAUGCGGUUUUAGAUAUGUUUUAUUUUGUUAUAAGUCUUGUUACAGUGAGGCAGACAUUUUGUAUCACCUGUACAGGGAGAUUUUGAUAAAACACCCUGUACUGGUAAAAACAUAAUUUCUGUGUCCUUGUAACAAAAGUUAUAGCAAAAUAAAAGCUUGAGGCUAUUAAAUGAGCUUCUCUUCAUUAGGACACCUUAUAUAUUGUACCAUUUACUUUCCAAACGAAAUUAAUGUAUUUAUUUUGAUUACUAAUAUUAACUGUUAUUUAAAAUUUACUAAUGUUAAUUAUUGUAAUACAGUAGAUGGACAAUCGAAUUAUACCGUACGAAAAAUUUGAAAGUAAACGGACUAACUUUUAUGGACCUGAAAUUAGUGCUUUAAAAUGUAUAUCUCUAGAUAAAUAUAUCAUUUAAGAUAUUAUUUGCAGUACCAAGGAUGGAUGUUCAUUAUUCGAAAGGACCUUGUAAUGUGCAUUAAUUCUUUAGAAUAAUGAAUACUCAUCUUAGCAGAUAUUAAUGCAGAAAGGAAGCUUAUCGAGAUGUUAGUUGACAAAAGGCUCUCGAAUUUGAGGUAAACAUUUCACUUGUGAUUGAUAAAAUUUACGAAAAAUUCAACUUCAUCUCAACGUGUGAAGGGUAUCAAACGGAUAUACAAGUAAUUCUCACCUAAAUAUUGCAUCCGUUUGGUAUAAGUUGUUUCCCUAUAAAAUAUGCCUAAAAUUGUCAGAAAAUAUUAGAAAAAUUUUUAUUUUGUUUCUGUUACAGAACUAAUGCUAGUGUUAGUAAACGUUCCGUCCGAAAUUGUUUCUAAUUUUGUUGGAUUUAUAUACCAGUUUAUUAUUGUUACCGUAGCUCUGUUACGAUUGGCUCAAUCCACUUAGUUUUACUGUUCUAUUUCGAUUAUAAUUUUUCGAUUGAGUGCCUUAAAAAAAUUUAAUCUGUUAAAAUUUACGAAUUAGUUAGUCCCUCAUAAUUUGUGAGUGCGUUGUCUCCGGCAAUUUUCCGAGCCGUCCGGAAGUUUUUCCAGGCAAUGAUGAAAUUUCUUGGAGAAAAUUUGAUCCAUUGAAAAUGUGCAUGUCCAAUCUGUUGAAAUUAUCCGACAAUAAGUGGAAAGGUCCAUUAUAUUAGGUUUUCUUUAAACAUGCUAUUUGUAUAUACCACACACAAUAAACUAUAGACCACAAUCACCCAAUUUGGAAUUUAUGAAAAUUGUUCUAUUACAUUGUAUUAUACACUAUGUGCAACACAAAAUACUUUAUUCUUAUAUGCCAUUACUUAAAGCUUAUAAUGUAUGUAUUGGAUAUAAAUGUAUAAUAAAAAAUGAAAACAUA